AUGCCGCUCGAAUUCUUCUUCUACCUGUUCCUCGGCAUUUUUCUCUUCACAUUGUCCCUUUUCCUAUUAAUCACGAUUUUGGUGAAUUCGAGACUACGCGAUAAAUAUUCGAUAUUCUCAGUCAAAUUUUUGGUUGAUGUCAUUCUCGGUUUGUUCUUGAUUAUUCUCGCUUGUCUGGAUCGCAAUUCGAGCGAAAGAGUAUGCGGAGCAACACUUGUUCUCAGCUCUUCUAUACCAUUGCUACAGGUGCUUCUUUUGCUAUGUGAAGUCAUCGAUUGGUCGUUAGCAGCCUUCUCGCCGGUCUAUUUCCAUCAAUCUAGUCUAUUUUCCCGGGUUCUUCCAUUCAUCGCAGGCGCUGUUUGCUAUUUUGUGAUUCUAACUGCCCUGGUUGUCAUUGAUGCCACUGUUCCGAUGCAUUCGUGCACUCGUUCGCCGGAAGCCUCAGCGGUCAUCACAUGCUACGAUUUCUCAUUGGCGAUAACAACAGUCUGUGUGAUUAUUCUCUCAGUAUUGUUGCAUAAAAAUCUCAACAGCUCAUAUUUCAAACCCGUCAUGCUCCAUUUUCUUGCUACAAUAUUUCUCGAGGAGAUUCCAUUACUCGCUUGUAUCAUCUUAAAAUACUACAAUCCGAAAAAGGCGAUAUUUGCUGCCGAUCUCACCAAUUGGCUCGUCUGUGUUCACUCAAUUUUUCACACCGCCUACUUCAUUGGUAAUCAUCAAGAUUUUCGGGAAAUCAUGUACAGUAAAAUGCAACGGUUCUCUCGAAAAUUGGCAGGAAAAUAA